GAUCGUGGACUGGCAGUACAAAACAUUGAUGCACUUGACCUCGACUCCAUCACUGUGGAGACAUUUGAGGUGAUGUCGCGGCAGGCCACUGUUAACAUUGGCACUAUUGGCCACGUGGCCCAUGGAAAGUCUACCGUUGUGAAGGCACUCAGUGGUGUGAAGACGCAGAAGUAUCACCGUGAGGCGGUGAUGAAUAUCACUAUCCAUCUUGGUUACGCCAACGCGAAGGUGUUCAAGUGUGAUGUGUGUGAGUUGCCAGCCGCCUACCACGCCUUUCCAUCAUCGCAGCCAGACAAAACAGACUGCCCAACCUGCGGUACCCCAUUGAAGUUAAAGCGACACUUUUCCUUUGUUGAUUGCCCCGGUCACGACGUGCUGAUGGCAACCAUGCUGAAUGGUGCCGCUAUUAUGGAUGCCGCCCUACUGCUCAUUGCCGCAAAUGAAAGAUUCCCACAACCUCAGACACUUGAGCAUCUAGCCGCAGUGGAAAUGAUGCAGAUUACUUCGCUUGUUGUACUCCACAAUAAGAUUGACCUUGUUACAAAAGAACAUGCACAGGAACAACAAUCUAUUAUUCGACACCAUCUAAAGAGGCAUACAAGUUUUGAAAAUGCUCCCAUAAUUCCCAUCGUGGCACAACUCUCACUUAACACAGAUUACCUUUUAGAGUAUUUGUGCCAUAUGCCUCUUCCUAGACGCUGUUUGCGGGCACCACCACGACUCUACGUUCUUCGUUCCUUUGAUGUCACAUUGCCUGGACAUGCUUUAGAGGCUCUUGAGGGGGGAGUGGUUGGGGGUACACUUCAACAAGGGGUUUUACGUGUAGGUGAUAGUGUAGAAUUGCUUCCUGGACUUCUCGCACUUACAGGACGCGAUGGUAAAUUGCCUACUCGUAGUGGAAUGCUUAGUGGACAAGAUCCUUCCUUUAUGACUGCACCUCCACCUGGUGAAUUACAUAUGACCCCACUACGCACAACUGUACGUUCUCUUCUUUCAGAGACUAAUCCCCUGCAGUAUGCGUUGCCUGGUGGACUCAUUGCUGUUGGCACUUAUUUGGAUCCUUCUCUUACACGUCAGAAUAAACUCCGUGGACAGGUGCUUCGUGUGGUCCCACAAGAUCGUCAAGGUGUAAAUGUAAAUGAUGAGGCAGAAGCGAUGAAAGUCUAUCAGGAAGUGGAUCUACAGUUUUUUCUAUUAAAGGAGAUUCUUGGAGUCGCGCAUGGUACUAGUGUGAUAAAGAAAGAUGGAGGUACAGUACCAAUAACAACGCAGCGUGUUGAAAAACUGAGAGACGGUGAAACGAUUAUAUUAAAUAUUAACACCUUGACCACCGCCGCCACAGUGCUGCGUACAGCACAUGGGAAAGCAAAACUACGUCUUGAAAGUCCUGUAUUCUGCGAAUGCGGUGAACGUUUGGCCCUAAUGCGUUUCAUACAUCGAAAAAUAAGACUCAUUGGGUGGGGUGUUAUCAAACGCGGUGUUCCUGUUCAUGUUGUUACAUGA